CGCACACGGUGGUGAGGUUGUAGUUGGCGAGGAGCUGGUUGACUGGCUGGCUGUGGUGUGCAAGAGCUGGUGCUGGUGGGCAUGCAAGUGGACGAGGCCGUGAGUGGAGGGAUGGCUGGGCAGGGGGAUGGCGGUGAUGGCCAUGGCGACCAAGGGCUGGAGAGGAUGCUGCGGGAUGGUGAUGGGGAUGGUGGCGGCGACGGUGGGCUGGGGAUGGUGCGGCUUGCUGAUGGUGUCACUGGCCUGGGCUGGGCCGACGACGCAACAGAGAUGGCUGCAGACAUCGAGGACCUGGUGAUGGGCGAUGGGCGGGGCGAUGAUGGCGUUGAGGGGCAUGGUGGGCACGACGGGUACGACAGGCACGAUGGGCACAGUCGCGAGGAAGUGGCGGUCGAGGUGGUAGUCCGGCGUGGGCAGCGCAAAAAGGUGUUUGUGCAGACGUACGGGUGUGGCCACAACGCGUCCGACUCUGAGUACAUGGCUGGGCUGCUGGAGGCCGGAGGGUACGAGGUGGGGCGGGAAGCCGAGAGCGCAGAUGUGGUGGUCAUCAACUCGUGCACGGUGAAGAACCCGUCGCAACAGACGUUUGCCAAUCAGGUCACCGCGCUAGCGUCUGCCGGGCUGCCGGUGGUGGUGGCGGGGUGCGUGCCGCAGGCGGAUCCAGACGGCGGCGUGUGGUCGGGGCACUCUGCGGUGGGGGUGGAGCAGAUUGACGCUAUUGUCGACGUUGUAGACGCCACGCUAGCCGGCAAGGUUGUGCGCCGGCUGGGGCGGCGGUCGGGUCCUGCCGGCGACUCGCGCCCGCGGCUGGCGCUGCCCAAGAUUCGGCGCAACGCGCUCAUCGAGAUUGUGCCCAUCAACACCGGGUGCCUCAACGCAUGCACUUACUGCAAGACCAAGGGAGCACGGGGGCGGCUGGCAUCGUACCAUCCGCUGGACAUCAUCGAUCGAGUCCGGCACGUGGUCGAGGCUGAGGGCGUGAAGGAGAUCCGGCUGACGUCCGAAGACACCGGAGCGUACGGACGCGACAUCGGGACGUCACUGCCGGAGCUGCUCCGCGGCGUGCUUGCAGCCGUCGAGGACCACGACGAUGUCAUGGUCAAGCUUGGCAUGACCAACCCGCCAUACAUCCUUGACCAUCUGGAGGCGAUGGGUGAGAUCUUUGGCCACAAGAACAUGUACCAGUUCAUCCACGUUCCGGUGCAGGCCGGCGCGAACCGGGUCCUUGACGCCAUGAAGCGCGAGUACACGGUGGAGCAGUUUGAGCACGUCUGCCGCACGCUGCGGGCGGCGGCGCCAGACAUCAUGAUCGCCACCGACGUCAUCUGCGGCUUUCCAACCGAGACCGAGGCCGAGUUUGACGCCACCUGUGCCCUCGUUGACGGCUUUCGUUUCCCAGUCGUCAACAUCUCGCAGUUCUACCCGCGCCCGGGCACGCCUGCUGCCAAGAUGCGCAAGGUCCGGAGUCAGGAGGUCAAGGCGCGGUCGCGCAAGAUCUCGGCCCUCUUCCGCUCGUACGCCACCUUUGACGAGCUGGUCGGCGAGGAAGUCGACGUGUGGAUUACCGAGAUGGCUGCUGACGGCCAUUCGCUUGUUGGCCACACCCGAGCCUACGUCCAAGUCCUCCUCUCACCCGAUGACUACCAGCUCGGCACCCGUGACGUUGCCCGCAUCGUCUCGGCCUCCAAGUGGUCGGUCUGCGGCGAGCGUCCGGCGCCGGCCCCAGCACACGUUGCGACCCGCACAGUCUGGCAGGUAGUCUGGCUUGCUGUUGCGCUGUUGGUCGCGGCCCUUGCCUGGCUUCUUGGCCGCGAUUGAGCGCCAAGCUCGCCUGGCUUGCUUGCGGGAGUGGCCAGGCGCAACACACCGAUUGCAAAGUGCAUUACCAAGAGAUGCACAUUCUCGAGUAGCCGCGCAUAAGCAUGCGACACUGACGAGCCGCCGUCGGUGGUAAACUUGAGUCCCGCGG